AUGGCCGCGCCUUGCAACCGAGUUGCUGCGGCUUCAUGGCAAUCGCUACUUACUGCUAGAGCUUCUUGGCAGCCCUGCUCGCGAUUUCGAACCCGGCCGCUCUGUGCUAUGGCCUCAUGCUUGCGAUCGAAACUUUACUCCACAUCAGCCGACGCACCAAGAUUCUCUUACCAUAUCGCCUCCUCCUUUAUCGCCAAAGACAGACCCUACGAUCCUUCCACCCACGUUUUCCACUUCAACCCGUAUAAUCGAAUUCAGCCCCCGCGGAAUCGUCGCCCUUCCGCUCGUCCCGAGUCCGGACACGAUGCCUUCUUUGUCAGCCGGAUCAAUGAUUCAGGCUCAGUAGCGUUUGGCGUUGCAGAUGGUGUUGGAGGCUGGGUGGAUUCGGGUGUCGAUCCUGCCGACUUUUCUCAUGGCUUCUGCGACCACAUGGCAGUGGCUGCUCACGAGCACAAGGCGGAGGCUGAUCCUCCCUUGACAGCGAGGAAGCUGAUGCAAAAGGGAUACGAUGCGAUUUGCGAGGACCGCAGCCUUCGGGCAGGUGGUAGCACUGCGUGUGUUGCUAUUGCUGGAGCAGACGGAAACCUGGACGUGGCGAACCUCGGCGAUUCCGGUUUCUUACAGCUUCGUCUGAACGCUGUCCAUACCUAUUCGGAACCCCAGACACACGCUUUCAAUACUCCGUUCCAAUUAUCCCUCGUCCCUCCGAGCGUUGCCGCUCGUAUGGCAGCUUUUGGUGGUGCUCAGUUGAGCGACUUGCCCCGAGAUGCGGAUGUUACACAGCACUCGCUCCGACAUGGCGAUGUCCUCGUCUUUGCGACUGAUGGUGUUCUCGACAACCUUUUUAAUCAGGAUAUUCUUCGGAUUGCCAGCCGGGUUCUAGUUCGGAGCGGUGCCUGGGUUAUGACUGAAGCCGGGGGUGUCCGUGUGGCUGAUGCUCUGGAACCUCUAGUUCAGCUCCCUGAAGCGUCCGAGGAAAAGAAAGAAAGGACACUGACCCUUCAGAGUUUACUCGCGACCGAAAUCGUGACAGCCGCGAAGCGAGCCAGUGUCAACACGAAACUCGACGGACCCUUCGCGAAGGAGGUCCACAAGUAUUAUCCCAACGAAAACUGGCACGGCGGCAAGGUCGAUGACAUUUGCGUCGUGGUAGCUGUGGUUAAUGAAACUUCAGCAGGCUUGAAGAGCAAGUUGUAA